AGAGGAAUUCUAACCAAUUGCACAAAGUGACAUGUUAUGUAUAUUAUUAUAAAGAAGGAGACAAAUGGAAGACGAGCAAACAGUUGUCUUUAUAAAUGAAACAUUUGCAUUAUUUAAGAGAAUUGAUUAUAAUAUGAGCGAAGACGAGAUUGUAAGGAAUGUUAUGAAAGGAUUAAAACCCAACAUUACUAGAUACAUAGGUAUUCUUGAAAAUCGUAAUUUGGAUGAACUAAAAAAGAACAUACAAAAAUAUGAAAUGAUGCACGAUGUCCCACGACUCAUGCCACCAUUAUGAGUCCUCGCCCUAAUAUGAGUAUUUGACAGCGUGCCAUAAACCAUAGUACAAAGUCCAGCAAGUGCCACUCGGCCAAAGACGCCCCGCCGCAAAUGAUACGUUGAGUCUAACAGACAACAUCGAGGAUGUACGCCACCGGUUUGGGACUGGCGCACAAUUGCCAUCAACGCUGCUAACUUGUUGAUGACCGAUGAUCAUGCCGGACACCGCGUCGACAACCACAGUAAAAGUGCCACCAAAUUAUGUGAAGAUUAUUAUUAAUAGUGUUCGUCAUUUCGGUUUUUUUGUUUUUUAAUAAUCUGAAUAAUAAACCGCUCACGGGUCCAUGCCCUCAAAACCAGGAUCGACUACCUUAUUACGAUGCAAAAAGAGUGGAUGUUUUCUUACUAUAUGGCAUUUUAUAACAAGAAAAAAAAAUACAAAGGAUAAAAUAAGUAUACAGGCCUUGAAGGAAACGCAAAAAUCAGAACAUUUUACAGAUCUAAAACUCAAUGAAAAAAAACAAUUAGCUAUUGAAUCUACGGAUGCCAUAUUUGAUAAAAAAUUAGAUAACACAACAUUACCUGCACAAAUCAUCCGUCCGGCAGAACAAGAUGAGAUUAAAAAUAUUAUGGAAAAUGGAGAUGCAACAUCUCAGCGAUUAACGAAACUCGAAGAAUUAGUACAUAGUUUAACAUUAGAAAUGGUUAAAAUAAAUAAUGCUUCUCAUUAUGAUGAAAAAAAAGGCAAAAAAAAAUCUAAAGGAAAAAAAGGUUAUAAAAUAUUUGAUUUAAACUCGCAAAGAAUAAUGAAACUUGAAGAUGAUUUUCAAUUUAUAAAAUCGGAAUUAAUGGAGCUGAAGGAAUCUUUUAAUAGUUAUGUAAUAAAGAAUGAAACAAAAAGCCAUAUUCCACCACCACCACCGCCGCCGCCACCACCACCACCUUUUCCAUUCAUAGCACCAAUGCCUCCAUUAAUUUUUAAACAUAAAGGUAAUGGUGAUGAUGUAAGACUAGAAAAGGAUACCGAGACCAAAAUUAAAAAAAUAUUAAAGCCAGGAAAUAUGCACAAUGCAGAUUUAAUAAGAGAAUUAAAAAACGGUGUGACAUUAAAAAAAGUUAAACGUUUAGAAAUAAAAAAGCCUCAAGAGGAAGACAGUGAGCUCGCCAAAAUAUUUUCUAAAAGGAGGAUUAAAGAAACUGUCCAGUUAUAACAGUUUAGUUGCACAAAGAACUUCCUAAUAUUUUUUCAUUUUGACAUUAAAGUCUCUGUUAACAAUAAUUUUAAGUAAUGAUUAAUUUUCUUUAUUUUGAGUAUACUAACUGUUAAGGCUUCUCAAUUGUAAUA